UGACAGUAUUACUUGACCGUUCGGGUGAUGUUUGCGAGUUUUAGCGCUGAGGCUUACCACGUAGCUUUCGGAGGUGUAGCUAACACGAAGCCCAGUCACUGCCCCGCGUUGCCCCUCAUCGCGGGCAUCAUGUCAAUGUUUACAAGACACAACAAGCGCAAAGAAGCACAUUCACCAGUGAUUAUGCUGUCAGGACGAGCCAUGCUGUCGCAUAAACAAAGUGCAGUGUACUUAAAGGAUCCAGUCAACUUGGUCGCGCCUGCCAAUGGUCGUACGGAUGUGUAAAGGCGGGCUUGGCGCGGCAUGAAGCUGUAGGCUGUAGCUUCCGUAGAAAGUUCUGGACAGCUAUCACCGUGCUUUUCUUCAGCCUCGCACAUAAACUCCAAUUCCUGCAACUCUGUCGAUAUCUCCAGUGCCUGAACAUUGAUAUCCUUCGUUCACACUACGACAUACCCACCAAACAACUACAGCGAUCCGGCGACCAUGGCUGACACGAAGCGCCCUCGCGUCUUCUUCGACAUCGCCAUCGGCGGCGUGAAAGCCGGCCGUGUUGCUUUCGAGCUCUACAGCGACAUCGUUCCCAAGACCGCCGAAAACUUCCGCGCACUAUGUACCGGCGAGAGAGGCGAAGGCGCAUCCGGCAAGCCGCUGCACUACAAGAAUUCGAGCUUCCACCGCGUCAUCAAGGGCUUCAUGAUCCAAGGCGGCGACUUCACACAGGGCAACGGCACAGGGGGUGAGAGUAUAUAUGGGGAGAAGUUUGAAGACGAGAACUUUGAGAAGGUGCACGACAAGCCGUUCUUGCUGAGCAUGGCGAAUGCCGGCCCAGGAACAAAUGGCUCGCAGUUCUUCGUAACCACCGUCCCCACACCACACCUCGACAAGAAGCACGUCGUCUUCGGCGAAGUCAUCAACGGCAAGAGCAUCGUGCGCCAGAUUGAGAACCUCAAGACGCAGAGCGGCGACAAGCCGUGGCACGAUGCGACCAUCAUCGACUGCGGCGAGCUCACGGGUGACGAUUACGACAAAGCCACAGAAAAGAUGUCCGACGCAACCGGCGACCCUUACGAAGACUUCCCCGAGGACCAGAAAGCCAACAGCGACGACGAAUGGAAAGGCGAGGAGAUACUCGAGAUCGCUACCAAGCUAAAAGACAUGGGCAACGACGCGUUCAAGAAGGGCGACCUCAAACUAGGCAUUACCAAAUACCAAAAAGGUAUCCGCUACCUCCACGAGUACCCCGCCCCUCUCGACGACGACCCCACAGACCUCUGGCCCAAACUGCAAGCCCUGAAAAUAUCCCUCUACUCCAACAGCGCGCUACUACAGAACAAGACGGGUGCAUAUGGUGACGCGGCGGAGAGCGCGACCAAGGCGCUGGACAUCGAGGGUAUCACGGAUAAGGACAAGGCGAAGGCGCUUUUCAGGCGGGCACAGGCCAAGGCGGGAAAGAAGAACGAAGACGAGGCGUUGGCGGAUUUGAAUGCGGCGCUCAAGCUUGCGCCAGGCGACGCGGCGAUUGUCAAAGAGUUGGAUGUGGUGAAGAAGAGGGUGCAGGCGCGGAAGGAGAAGGAGAAGAAGGUUUAUCAGAAUGCUUUCAACUUCGAUUAGGUUUGUGAGAGUUGUAAGCGUGGGAUGCUCACGAGAGGCAUGAGGAAGUAGGGGGAGUGAAGUAGUGGUGGUAGAGAAAAGGGACAGAUACCAGUUUACUCUUCCGUGUAAUAAACAAGAUUUCAUGUAACUACUGCUCUCCAUCAACACAACAGUCACUUCGCAGAUUGUGGAACGGAUUUUCAUGACAAAC